CGGGCUGGGCUGGGGCUCGGAUCUGAUUGGGCUGAGCUCGGGUCAGGGCUGGGGCCGGGCUUGCGCCAGAGGGGGAGGCGGCCCAACCCCCGGCGCCGCUCCCGGCCUCCCGGCGCCAAGCUCCCGGCCCAGGGACCGCGGCUCUGGGCCCUGCGCGCCGGGGCCGGGCGGCUCCCGGGCCCGCGGGCGCACGCGGAUGCUCGCCCCGAACCGCUGCGGGUCGGCCACGCGCACAGGAAGGAUCCCCCCCCAACCCCUUGCGGACCCUGGGCCGCCUGGCCCCCUCCCCCGCUCCCUGUUUAUCUCCCCGCACCCCACCUGCUCUGACUUUCCACGGAGGUGACCCUAAGGAGAAGGGAGAAUUCCGUUCUUGGGUCCGGACUCCCCCGGUUUCCUGCCUGUCCUGCACCCUCCCUGAGGAACCCCGAGGGGCCUGGCCCCCUCUGCGUGAUGCUGGGCAAGCGCGGCCCCCGCCUUUGUACCCCGGGGUUCUUGUUUCCGGCUGAGCGUUGUGGAGCUUGGGGUGCCUGGGUGGUGGUGGCAACAGGAAAGGAAAAAGCAAGAAAUGGCGACAGAUGCUUCAGUUCCCCCACAUCAGCCUGUGUGAGGAUCUUCGUCAAAGUGUGGGCGGAAUAUGAGGUGACCCCUGAUGAUAAGCGGAAAGAGGCAGCCCAGAGGCUGAUGGAGAACUACCUGAACCCCAAGUGUACAGACCACAUCCCCGAAGUUCCUUCCCAGCUGGUGAGUGCCUGUGCUGAGAAACUUGAACAGGGACCCUGCAAAGACCUCUUCAAAGAGCUCACCAGGCUGACCCAUGAGUACCUGAGCGUGGCCCCCUUCGCCGAUUACCUCGACAGCAUCUACUUCAAUCGAUUCCUCCAGUGGAAAUGGAUGGAAAGGCAGCCAGUGACUAAAAACACCUUUCGGCAGUACCGUGUCCUGGGCAAGGGUGGCUUUGGGGAGGUUUGUGCAUGCCAGGUGCGAGCAACGGGCAAGAUGUAUGCCUGCAAGAAGCUGGAGAAGAAGCGAAUCAAGAAGAGGAAAGGAGAAGCCAUGGCCCUCAACGAGAAGCAGAUCCUGGAGAAAGUGAACAGUAGGUUUGUAGUGAGCCUGGCCUAUGCCUAUGAAACCAAGGAUGCUCUGUGCCUGGUGCUGACCCUGAUGAAUGGUGGAGACCUCAAAUUCCACAUCUACCACAUGGGCGAGGCGGGCUUUGAAGAGGCCCGGGCUGUCUUCUACGCGGCAGAGAUCUGCUGCGGCCUGGAGGACCUGCACCGAGAGCGGAUCGUGUACAGGGACCUGAAACCAGAGAACAUACUGCUUGAUGACCAUGGCCACAUUCGGAUCUCUGAUCUGGGACUGGCUGUGUAUGUGCCCGAAGGUCAGACCAUGAAAGGUCGAGUAGGCACUGUGGGCUACAUGGCCCCCGAGGUGGUGAAGAAUGAACGGUACACAUUCAGCCCAGACUGGUGGGCCCUGGGGUGCCUCCUGUACGAGAUGAUCGAGGGCCAGUCACCCUUUCAGCAGCGAAAGAAGAAGAUAAAGCGAGAGGAGGUGGAGCGGCUGGUGAAGGAGGUGGCUGAAGAAUACUCGGGCAAGUUCUCAUCCAAAGCCCGUUCUCUCUGCACGUCGCUUCUGUGCAAAGACCCUCGGGAAAGGCUCGGCUGCCGAGGGGGUGGUGCGCAGGAAGUCAAGGAGCACCCCAUCUUCAAACGUAUCAACUUUAAGCGGUUGGAGGCUGGGAUGCUCGAGCCUCCGUUCAAGCCCGAUCCCCAAGCUAUUUAUUGCAAAGAUGUGCUGGAUAUCGAGCAGUUCUCCACUGUCAAGGGCGUUGAACUGGAGUCUACAGAUAAUGACUUCUACCAAAAGUUUGCCACAGGAAGCGUGCCCAUCCCUUGGCAGAACGAGAUGAUUGAGACGGAAUGCUUUAAGGAGCUGAAUGUCUUCGGCAUGGACGGCACAGUGCCCCCGGACCUCGACUGGAAGGGCCUGCCCUCGCCGCAGCCCAAAAAGGGCUUGCUCCAGCGGCUCUUCAGCAGACAGGACUGUUGUGGGAACUGCAGCGACAGUGAGGAAGAGUCCCCCACCCGCCUCUAGCCCCGAGGGCCUGACCCCCGCGCCCGGCACAUGGCGGUAGCAGCUGCCCGCCUGCCUGUUUACAGUUUUGCACAAUCGUCCUUAAAGAUGUCUGCAAAGGCCCAAGGAGGCGCCUCAGAGCUGGACAGCCCCUGCUCUCGCCAGGAUUGUUCUAAAUCUUUGGCCUGCCAGGGAUGUUCCCCACACCCUGGGGGUGGAGCAGGGAGGAGAAAUCUGCUCCGUCCUUCCUUCCUACCCAGCCUGGGCGGGUGCCAUGGGUCCUGGGCCCCCAGCCUGCCCCCCAGGAGUCAAUGGAGUUUUAUAUAUUUAUAUAUCUGUAUGUAUGUAUAUAUCAACUGUAGAUUUUUAAAUCACUGGGCAGAGGAGCCAUCUCCCUCCCCACCACUGCCCACGAUACUCACUGUGCCCCUGCCCGGGGCCCGAGCAGAGAGGGGGAAGAUUUAUUGCCAAACCAAAGGGCCCCCCCUGGCCCAUAGGGGCUGCUGGGCAGCUAGUUUGGGUCCCAGGCCCUCCCCCAUCACACUCACUGUGUCACCCACCGUGAACUAGUGACAGUUGUGCCUACAUAUCCCACUGCCUUGUUUCCAGUGGCUUGGCGUAGCCUCGGGACCACUGGAAACUCCCUCCCUGCCUGCUUCCAGAUAGGAAAGUUUGGGGCCGCUUGGUGGGGCCCCAAGCUUGGGGACAGAGGGUCCCCCCACAGGACCAGUGCCCACUGCCUGGGGACUCGGGCCAUGGGGACCACACCCUCUGGAAAGGAGUGCAUGGGGUGGGGGGUUGUCUGCAUAUCACCCUUAGUCUUCCCAGAAGGCAUCUCUUCCAUAAAGCCCCUGCCAGGGCUGAGCUGAGAGGCCUCCCCUCUCCCCUGGGGGCCUGCAGCUCAUGUGCCUUCCCAGGGGCCCGGACUUCUCCCUCCCCAGCAUAGCACCAUCUCCCCCCUCCCAGGGGUUGGGGGAGACAGUUUUUUAAAAACAUUCCAGCCACAUUGCACAGUAUCCACUUGUCCCUGUGUGAGUUCCUAGCAAUAAUCUGCCCCUUCCUCGUGUUUCUGAGCGUGUGGCGUGUCUGCCCUCGGCCUGGGCCCUGUCACCCCACUGAGCCAGGCUUCUUGGGACUGUGACUUACCCAAUAUGGCACCAUAUCUGUGGUAGCAUUUGCUUGCACUGCACUGAUGUUCCAAUAUGUAAAGACUGAUUUUUAUGCCUUUUAUUCAUUGUACGAUACCCAGUGUCUCUGUUGUUUCCUUCAUGCAAACGUGAAUAUGAUAAGAGCACAAACCCAUGACACCUCCCCAGCCUGACUCUUUCUUGGGGUCCCUGCCACGGCCGGCGAUCCUGCACCCCUGGGGUUGUGGCCCUAGAAGAAGAAGAGCAGGGUGGGGCCAGAGCAUGCGUGCUCCCCAGCCAGGGUUCUAGCCUAGGCUCGCCAGGAAGACGGGGGCUCGCAGACUCGCCCUGAGGCGAACGAUGGGUUUUGCGGCAGUGCCAGCCAGAGGCAGGGGGUCAGUCCCCAGACAGAGUCAGUGCUGGGCUCUGGGCUGCCCGUGUGCUGUGGUUGGUUUUUCUUGUAGAUGGCAUAUCUGUGAAUCUGACAGGAAGCUCGCAUGGGUGGUGACAUUUAGGUGAAUGGGCUAAAACAAUUUGUGUUAGAGCAAAGAACCUAGUCACGUAACCCGUUUAUUAAGGACACUCUCCUGGACGGUGGGAAAGAGAGCAUCUAAACAGGACUCACCACCAUCCCCCAGGGGCUCAUGGCCAGCAGCAGGGAUGUGCUGCCAAUUAGUUGACAGAGGACCAAGGAAGGGGCCGUGCAAUUGUGUGGGGAGAAGCUGGGUCCUCAAGAAGGGCUCAUUCCUGGAAGGAGCAUCUCAUUGGGACUUUUUAAAAAUUGUGAAAAGGGAAAGAGGGGAUCCCAAGCACUGUGAACGUUUUAUACUGAGUAUAAGGAGAUUUUGAAGCAUGUUUAGGGUGGAUGGACAGAGAAGGCCCUCCAGGAUGGCCAGAGAUGAAAAAUGAAAGGAACCAAGUGGAAUUUAACUGCAAAAAAGUUAGCCGUUUUAAACUUUAUUAGAUUUUUUUUUUUUUUAAUGCACAGAGUGCAGAGUAGGGGACAUGGGACUCCAAGCUCAGUGAGUCAGCAUCUGACAGGACAACCGGAAAGAGUGAUACGGUCUGAGAUGGCAUUCUUAGAAGCAUAGCAUCUUUCGCUAACAGCGCAAGAGAGAGCAUGGUUCUGCAGUUCUUAGCUCAGUGCAGCUGGCAAUGCAUGAGAAUCUUAGCUAGCCUGCAGUCAGAAAGUCCUGAAUUCAAAUGUGAUCUCAAACAUUUAUUAGUUGUGUAACACUGAGCAAGUAACUUAACCUCAGUUUCCUUAACUGUAAAAUGGGGAUAAUGUUAUACCUACCUCCUACAGUGGUUUUAAGGAUCAAAUAAAAUAUUUGUAAA